UACCGGAGGAGGAAGCAGUAUAAUGCAAAAUCAGGAUUGGACAGCGAUUAGAAGAAAAUGCAUCAGGCUUGUUUGUGUGCGUUCCCAAAUCCAACUUCUACUCUUCCAAUUCACUCAAAUGCCAAUGCUUCCUGUUAUUCUACAAAACCAUCACAUUCCCACUCCCAAACACACCACAACUGGUCUCUUCAAGGCAUGACAGCUCUUGUCACCGGUGGAACUCGCGGAAUCGGGCAUGCCAUUGUGGAGGAAUUGGUGGGGUUUGGUGCCAAAGUUCAUACUUGUGCUAGAAAUGAAGAUGAUCUCAAUAAGUGUCUCAAUGAAUGGAAUCAUUUGGAUUUUGAGGUUACUGGUUCAAUUUGUGAUGUGUCAGUUCCACACCAGAGGGACUUGCUUAUGGAGACUGUCUCCUCUCUCUUCCAUGGGAAACUCAACAUCCUUAUAAACAAUGUAGGGACAAACAUUCGGAAACCAAUAACAGACUUCACAACUGCAGAGUUUUCCAAACUCAUUGAUACCAAUUUAGGAUCCACCUUUCAUAUGUGCCAACUUGCAUAUCCACUUCUCAAAGCAUCGGGAGUGGGUAGUGUUGUUUUUAUCUCUUCUGUUUCAGGUUUUGUCUCACUGAAGUCAAUGUCUGUUCAAGGAGCAACAAAAGGGGCAAUUAAUCAACUUACAAAGAAUCUAGCUUGUGAGUGGGCAAAAGACAACAUAAGGAGUAAUGCAGUUGCACCUUGGUACAUCAGAACUUCGAUGGUAGAACAAGUUCUGAGCAACAAAGACUAUCUUGAAGAGGUGUACUCUCGAACUCCUCUUAGACGCCUUGGAGAUCCAGCUGAAGUGUCUUCUCUUGUCGCCUUUCUUUGCUUACCAGCAUCGUCAUACAUCACUGGCCAGAUUAUAUGUGUCGAUGGAGGAAUGUCUGUGAAUGGUUUCUCCCCAACACAGAUCUAAGAGCUUCAACUUAAAAUACACUUUGUAUCUUACUGAUUAUCCUCUCUACCUGCCAUUCCUGUGGUGUGGAGGACUGGACAUGGUGAAGUAGCAAUUCUUUGUCAAACUUUAGCAUUGUAAACUUUGAACACUUACCCAGACAUGAACAUCAAAUACGACGAUGACACUUAUAAUAAUUUGAGAAAAUGAAUAAUUGAAUAUAAUCACA